AUGACGGACCCGGCGACCCGAGAGUCCUACCCAGUCCCGGAUUUGACCAUAGUCGAUCCUUCACCAGGAACAGUGCGGAACGGCCAGUGCGCCCCGGAUGGCUUCGGUAACAACCACCAUAACCACCACAACAACCAGCAGCAGCACGUCAAAAGCCCCGUCCAACAUGAGGCGCUCACCUCCGGCCAGGAGAUGAAAAUCACCGACAGUGUGGAGGGAGAAGGUCUCCUAGAGAGCAGCUUGCGCCUGAAGCCUCAUGAGGCUCAGAACUACAGAAAGAAGGCACUCUGGGUCUCGUGGAUCUCAAUCGUGGUCACCCUCAUUUUGGCUGUGACAGCGUUCACCGUAUCGUUUAUGAGGCACAGCGCGUCAGCCUUCGGAUUUGCUUUUGACGCUACCUUGGAUGUUCUCUCAUCAAUCAUCGUGCUGUGGCGCUACAGCAAUGCGGCCGCCGUGCAUUCAGCGCACAGAGAAUACAUAGCAUGUGUGGUCCUCGGGAUUGUAUUUCUGCUGUGCUCCCUCUGCAUUCUUGGAAAAGCAAUUCAUAAUCUGGUUACAAGGAUGCACCCAGACGUGGAUGACUUUCUCUUCAGCGUGUCCAUCGUUAGUGGAUUUGUGUGCACCAUACUGGCUGUUGCAAAGUUCAUGCUGGGCAAAGUGCUCACAAGCCGCGCACUCAUCACGGAUGGUUUUAACUCUCUGGUUGGUGGCAUUAUGGGUUUUACCAUUCUUAUCAGCGCCCAAGUGUUCAAGGACCACCCUGAUGUCUGGUUCCUUGACGGCGUGAUUGGAGUUCUCAUUGGACUCAUCAUUUUGGCAUACGGGGUCAAGCUUCUAAUGGAUAUGGUACCCCGAGUGAGGCAAACACGAAACUACGAACGAUUUGAAUGA